AUGAUGAAAUCCCCUCGCCGAGCGGGUAUAGGGCGCGCGGCGGCUCAUUGCAAUAUUCAGCGGCGGCGGCGGCAGCAGCAGCAGCAGCAGCAGCAGGGCGAAGGCGCCGGCGUCUCCUCGGCUCUCCUCUUCUCCACCUCCUCCUCCUUCUCCUCCUCUUCCUCCCCGCCGAGCUACUCCAUGGCAGAGCUGCCCUGACUGCCCCGCUGCACCUCGCCGCCUGCUCCACUGACCCUGCCCAGCCGGCUCGCUCGCUCUGGCCCGGAAUGAUCUGAACCCCCUUCAGCGGAGACGCACCCGAGUCCAGCGCUAUCGCCGAUCGCAGGUGAGCAGCGCCUGGGCGCGCUCCUCUCCCUCGACUCGCUCGCCCCUUUGGAGAGCGCGGGAUCGGAGGCAUCCUCUGGAGAUCGGAUUGGAGGAGGCGGGCGGUGGCAUAAGGUUUGGCCUGGAGGUGAAUUCCCCUCUCCAUCAGUGCGCAGGGCGACGGUGCCGUUAUCUCUCUUUUCGGGAGGGGGGUGGGAUAUCUACCCACACACCAUCUCCGCAAGCGUAGUCCCCCCCCCCCCCGGGAAUUGGAAUACUGAUGGAGAAUGAGAUGGCUUAUAUUCCUGGAUAGGAACACCACACCCCAGAAAAUCCCCACCCCAAAUAAUUGGCAGAAAAGGAGAGCGCAGCAGCGUCUCCUGUCCUCACCCUUCCCUUCCCCUCCCCGGUUUCAAGGACACGGAGUCAUCCCUGUUUUGACGGCUUUAAUCCUGGCUAAAUCCCAGCCUCUCUUCCCUCUUCCUGUCUCUCGGGGGAUGCGGGAGCGGAUGCUUUUGAGGAACGGGGCUGAAGAGGAGCGGCGCUUUCCACCCCCGCGUUAAAAUGCCCAGGAAGGGAGCAGCUGCAGCCAUUAGAGCAGGCGAGGUAGGCCGGGAGGAUGGGGAUGGUCAUGGCAGCAGCCGAGGAGGAGGAUGGAGGGUGACGGCGGCCUUUGCAGCACUAACAGCUGUCAGCAGACUUGUUGAAUCUGGGGCAGAAGGUUGCUUUUGCCAUGGCACCGAGCUGGGCUCUGCACCUGCUCCCCCAGCCUUCCACCUUGGGAGAGCCCGCUGGGCAGUGGAAAUCUCCUGCCUGUUUCAACAGCGAGCUGAGAUGUUGUGGCUGCAGUAAGAUACAGCCUGAGGCUGUUGAGUUAGGGGGCAGCCCUCAUGCUUUGCUGUUGGGAACGCUGUGGCUCCAGCCUAGGGAAGCCCCUCCACGGAGCCAUACCCGAUUUCCUCCAUCUCUCUCCAAAGCCCAUAUCCCUCCAGCUCCUUCUCCCCAGCAGUCUAUUUAACCAUUCCCCUUCCUUGGGAGCAGCAGAGCCCUGUGCUGAAGCCAUCUUGCCUGGUCUCUUGUCUCCUCCACACAGAGCUCAGUGCCGGGAUGGAUGCGUUUAUGAAGGGCUUGUCCAAGGCAAAGGAAGGGGUCGUUGCUGCAGCGGAGAAGACUAAGGAAGGGGUAGCGGUGGCAGCGGAGAAGACCAAGGAAGGCGUGCUCUAUGUCGGUAAGGCUGCUGCAGGCACAGCUGCAGAACUGCCCUGCUAGCUGUGCCCGCCUUUCGCAGGAGGAAACAAAUCUGCUAGAGGGAGGGAGGGAAGGAGGAGAGAUGGUUCCCAUUGCUUGGGUUUUUGUAUCAUUCUGGCCAGGCCUUCAAAGCUGGCAAAUUGGCAUCCCUUCCCCAGUUUGAUUCCUUCCUCUUCCCCUCAGUGGUGAAGGACCACCAUUUACAGGGUGACAGCGACCUAGAAAACUAGAGUCUGAUCCUGUGGGGCAGUAUCUGCAAAGCAAUGCUCUGCAUCCUCCUUCCUGAGCACCACCAUCCCCUGGGGUUCUGAUGUCAUAAGUCCCUCAACGUUCAAAAAGUAUUACCAUCUUAGGCAUACCUGUGGGGUUCUGUUUGUUUUUCAGAUAUGUGAACAGUCCUUGGGUGAUCCAAGAAUCUCACGUUUACUGUAUUUAAAGCACUGCUAUCAGGUAGAUCUGAACCAUAAUCCUCUUCUAACCAAGGCAUACAGAAUGAAUGGCAUGCCCAUAGUGGCAUAUGGGGUCUAUGACACAACUAGGAAUACCCAUAGGAUGAUGAUGAUAAUAAUUAGUUUUAUCCAGCUUUUCAGCCAAAAAGCGUCCCGGAGUGGUUUAUAAAUAGUGACAAAACAGUACCUGCCUGCAAGCUCACAAUUUUAGAAGACAUGACACAAAAGGAAAAGGAAUGCGUAGGGAGAAGGAGGGAAAACCAUCUCAGGUACUAGAUCUAAGUUUCAGAGUUUUUGUAGUGACUGGCUGGGAUGGAAAUAUUUGGAGAAGAGAAGCCAAUGGAGGAAACAUUGCUUUCUCUCUUAUAGCCUGAUGGAACAGCUGCUGAUAAGAUGACAGUUAAGGGAGUGACCUGUUGAAGCUGGUCUCUUAGAGCCAAUGCAGAAGCCCGGCAGUCCCACCUCUCCCUCUCCUGUAGCCUGAUGGACUGGCUGCUGAUUGGAACUCUACGAGACCCAACACUGCGUGGUUAUUCCUUAAUUCUGUUACUUCUCAAGUUCCUGGCCUUCUUGGUCUCAUGCGAAAAAGCAGGCACAAGGCACAAGCUGGAUGUAAAAUAAAUGAAAUAGUAGUUUUAAAUGGGCGUGCAAGCUUUCUAGUUUCCCAGAAUGCAAAACAAAUGUACCUUAGAUGAACAUUAUGAUGUAGCAUGGCCUAAUGAAGAUUGUGAGCUAGGAAGUCUUCCUUAUCUUUUUUAACAGGUUGGUCCAAUAAAAUAAAUAAAUGUUAAUUUAUUUCUGCCUGCUCCUGCAUGUAGAACGAUGAGGCCCAAGCCUUUGGCUCAGUGUUGCCCUAGGCAAUUUCUUUUAACACGAAAGCUGCUGCCCAUAGAUAUAGACACCCCAAUGCAGCGAUCUGUAUUUCAGGGAACAGAGGAGGACAAUCUUCUUAGCUUUCCUCCUUCGGAUGUAAUAGAGGGACAAUAAUGUGGCUAAAGCAGAAGGACCUCAGAAUAGUGAAAUGCAUUUAUGGUCCUCCUUUCCUCUCCCUGCCCCCAAUAAUUUAAGGCUUGCUUAGGUUCUGGAUGAGAUGUGUGCAGAUGCCAGCCCAACCUUGAGGCUGGUGUUUCCGGGGAACCUUCUGCCAGGGCACAAGCGGGGUGUACCACUGCAGUUUAUUGGGCAACAUGGUAGGGAAAAGGCAUGGGGAUGGCUCUCUGUCUGCUGCUUUUGUGUCUGGCUCUGCAUGAGAGGCAGAUGGAUGAAUAUUCAUAAAUGCCUGCUCAGCAUUCAGGACCUACCUUGCCUCUUACAGAUUCAUCAGCAAAACGGCCCCAAUCAGCAUGGGCAAGUCAGAUCUUCUUCUGUCAUACCACUCCCUCUAGCCAGGACAAUGAGAUGCAUAUCCAGAGUGCUUCUCCUUCCAGGACUUCAUCUACCAUCUUCUCACUGACACUUUUGUCAGCUGUCACUUUUAUUUCGCUUUGUCCCUCACUGUGCUGGUCUUCAUUGUUGGCGGUCCUCUUGCACAUAUGACUUUCUUCCUCCUAGAAUUGUAGGUUCAGUUAAAAUAAAAUGUGAAUGUGAAUGUGUACAAUUGCAGGCAUCCACUGUAAUUCAUUUGAUGCAUUCCACCUCCCACCCCCCCAAAAAAAUACAAGGUAGCAACAGAAAUCCUGGGUGAGAUCAGGAAGAGUAGAUCAGGAAGGGUAGUCGAAAGAGAGGAAAUGGGAAGAAGGAAAUAUUCAGUCAUUGCUGAAAUAUAGGCAAGAGAUUUAAGUGCACAGGUGCAAUGGCACAAAUUUGCUCUUGGGAGAAAAAGGGAGAGAUUCUGAUAAGGGACAGAGCAAGAGUGAGAAAGUGAGGUGAGGGUAAGACUUCUGUCCACUAGUGAGGUCCAAACUUUUAUGGGGGAAAUUAUAUACAUUGUGAUGGCAUUGUCCACAUCACAUCAUGUUAUUUAUAUGUCAGUCUGGACAGGCGCUUCACAGCAGAAAACUUAGGAACCCACCCUUCCUUGAAUAUUGUUGUGGGCAGAUAUUACAGUACAGUGGUACCUCGGGUUAAGUACUUAAUUCAUUCUGGAGGUCCGUUCUUAACCUGAAACUGUUCUUAACCUGAAGCACCACUUUAGCUGAUGGGGCCUCCUGCUGCUGCUGUGCCGUCGGAGCACGAUUUCUGUUCUCAUCCUGAAGCAAAGUUCUUAACCCGAGGUACUAUUUCUGGGUUAGCAGAGUCUGUAACCUGAAGCGUAUGUAACCCGAGGUACCACUGUAUAGGACCACCAAAUGUCCUCAGACCAGGGCCGUCUUAAGCAUAUUCGGUGCCGUGGUGCAUAGCUCCCUUCGGCGCCUCCCCUCCCCGCCCCCAUUUCCCUGAGUUGUCAACCUUUUUUUAGGGAGGACGGCGGGGCUGGAGGAAGUGGACAAUGGCUGGAGGGUGGCUCCUCUGGCAGGGAAGAGGCAGAGGCUGGACGCGGUCCCUCCCAGUUCAGCUGGAUGCUUCGUGCCACGGUGGCCACAGCAGACAGAGGCUCUGGGCGCGGCACUGCUUCAGUGUGGCAUGGCGGAGGCAGGUGAGGGCGGCGAGCUGAUGCUGGGAGGCACCGCUUCCAACCUCCGCCUCUUCUCUGGCACCCUCCAGAACUUGGCACCCUGUGCCAAUAGCCUCUAUGGGUAAGACGCCCCUGCCUCAGACUACAACUCCCAUCAGCCUUAGAUAGCAUUUGUUACCUUGUGGUUAAUGGGAGUUGUAGUCCAAAAGAUCUUCCUGCUUCAGACUUUGCUGCCUGUAUCACCCAGUCUUUCUUUGCCUCAUUUUCUGUGUAUCUCUGCUUAUGUCUUUAAAUAAAAAUAUUAGGGACUGUGGAAUGGCAUGCUUAAAAAAAAGCAUUCUUUUGCAACUACAAAAUCAAUUCUGCAUCUGAAAUAGAUUAUGCGGAUUUUGACAUGUGCAUGCAUAGGGUGGAUUCAAUCUAGCACUAAGUGGGGUGUGCAUGCAUGGAAUGAAGUCUACUUGUGCAGCAAGGACCACCCCCCUAUUUCAUGCCCCUGCCUGCCCCUAAACUUGUUCUUGGGGUUCCCCUAAUCCUCCAGACCAGAUUAAAGUGGUUCACAGUGACGGGAAGUCCCAUUGCUUGAGCAGGCUUCAUUUCAUGCACAUGGUAACUUGAUUGAAUCCCACCCAUAGUUGCAUGCAUGGAUAUAAAAUUUCUUCCCCUUUUAACAAUAGAAGAAAGAACAUAUAGAAAAGGCCUGGAGAAGAGGAUAGGAGUUGUAAGGAUGGGGAGAUGUUUACUGGAGGCUAAAGGUUGGGGCUGACAUGUUAAGUGAGCAAUGGAUGCCCAAACCACCUUCAUUAGGGAGGGGCCGUGGCUCAGCGCUAGAGCAUCUGCUUUGCAUGCAGAAGGUCUCGAGUGGGAUUCAAUCUCAUACCGCAAAUACAGGAUAUGCCAUUAUAGCUGAUUGGGAGGUGUUGUACAAACAAACCCACGUAAAAGAACCCCAGCAACAACUCCACAGCCUUUUUUGGUGAGAAGGAAAGUGACAGGAAAAUGCACUGGAAGUGUGGGGGUAAGCCUUGCUUUGAUGCAAUGUCAUCACACCUCCUCACAAGCAAGCAAGAAUGAAUGCUCAUUAAAUAGCCACUGUCACUUAACUUCCUUGCAAACAAACCUGGAUGAGUGCUCAACAAACAGGUUGUUUGGAAGUACCAAACAUUUUGGUGGUGCUAGGAGAGCACUGAAUCUGUGGGUGGUAUGCAACAGUUACUCAGAGUGGAACUAUGGAAAUGAAUGGACCUAAAUUCACUCAUGUUUAUUAAUUUUAAUGGGUCUACUCUGAGUACAACCCUUUGUCAGAAGACUGCUGUGUAGUUUAUAACAUAGAACACAAAUAUUCAUAGAUAAUAUCUAUACAGUGUAAAAUUCUAUACAAUAUCAAAAGUGAAAAAGUUAUAUAUAAUAAUAGUAAUUAAAAUAUAUAAUAAAAUACAGCAACACCAUAAAAAUGAGGGAAGAGAAAAUCGGCAGGAGGAUAUCUAAAUUACAAAAAAUAGUGCACAAAUAUGGAAUCUUAUCUCUAUUGAAGAACUACAUAGAGAGUACCCAAGCAGUCUGCCUCUCCUGCUGCUGUUAUAAACUUGUGGAUCUUGGAUUCACAGUAGCCAGCUGUAAUAAUCCGGUUCAGGGAUGAAGAACUUGUGGCCCCCCAUAUGUUGUUUGACUUCAAUCCCCCACCGACCCUAAGUAUAUAUCCUACAGUUUCCUCUCCCCAUGUUAUCAAAUGGUGGGGCAGCCUAAUGGUUGCAUGGUGACAUGGAGAAAAACCUGAAAUUAAUAGAAUCAUAGAAUUGUAGAGUUGGAAGGGACCCUGAGGGUCAUCUGGUCCAACCCACUGCAAUGAAGAAAUCUCAACUAGAUCAUACAUGACAGAUGGCCAUCCAACCUCUGCUUAAAAACCUCCAAGGAAGGAGAGUCCACCACUUCUUGUAGGAGUCGGUUCCAGUGUUCAACAGCUCAUACCAUCAGAAAGUUCUUCCUGAUGUUUAGUCAGAAUCUCCUUUCUUGUAACUUGUAGUCAUUGGUUUGGGUUCUAGCUUAUGGAAAACAAGCUUACUCCAUUUUCCAUGUGACAGCCCUUGAUAUAUUUGAAGAUGGCUAUCAUCUCAUCUCUCAGUUUCCUCUUUACCUGGCUAAGCAUACUCAAUUCCCUCAACUGUUCCUCAUAAGGCAUGGUUUCCAGAUCCUUGAUCAUCUUGGUCGCCCUCUUCUGCACACGUUCCAGCUUGUCAGUAUCCUUCUUAAAUUGUGAUGCCCAGAACUGGGCACAGUAAUCCAGGUGUGGUCUGACCAAGGCAGAGUAGAACAGGACUAUUACUUCCCUUAACCAGGACACUAUACUUAUGCUGAUGCAGCCUAGAAGAGCACCAGCUUUUUUUGCUGCUGCAUCACACUGUUGAUUCUUGUUAAGUUUGUAGUCUACUGAGACACCUAGAUCCUUUUCACAUGUACUACUGGCAAUCCAAGAGAGAGAAAAUAUUUGAGGCAGGUGGAACUCUCCCUCCCUUUUCAGCUAAGAUGUGCUGUUGUAGCCACAGCUGCCCUGAAGAAAAGAGGCAGGGCCUUUCAGUGUGAGGCCCCAAGGUGGCAGAAGAAGGCUACAGGUAUAGAGAGGAAUAAUAAGAGCUACUGUCAUUGCUGCAUACAUGUAAUGAUGUGCACAGAUCUCCGUGGAAAAAAUGGUUGUGUGGGAAGGAAUAAAAUAGGGAAGGUCUGGGUCCAACUUUGCAACAUUAAUUACACUAAUCUAAGGGUAUUUUGCCCAUUAUCAACUAUUUUGUGCUAAUGAUUACCUUUUAAAGCCCAAAAUGGUCUAGGAUACCUUAGGCAUCACCUCCCAUCUCAUUCCUUUUCUCCUUCCCAUGCCCCACAUGUCCCCAAUCAGAUCUGGGGGCUGAAGAGAGCCCCCGGGUCUGCAUGCAGAGGGAAGGGAGAAGAGGUCAUUCCAUCAGGAAAGCUGAAACGCUUGCACAGACAGAGCAAUCUCCAUAGCGCUACGUUGAAUUCCACCCUUAGCCUGGAUCCUCACAGGAGUAAGUAAUGUGGCAAUCUCGUGUUCACCUACCUGAGAGUAAGUCCUAUACAGUAUAAUGCACUAGUACUUAUUUCCAGUAAGUACCAGUGAGGUUUUUUUCCAGGGUGUUUGGUAUGUUUAGCCUGGUGAAGAGGUGAUAAAUGUUUAAUUUUUAGCCUGGAGAAGAGGUAAUGUGAUAGUCACCUUGAAAUAUUUGAUGAGCAAUGGGUUCAAAUGACAAGAAAAAAGAUUAGGAAGAAGGCAGUGGACUCUCCUUUGUUAGAGGUUUUUAAGCAGAGGCUGGGUACCAAGAGUGUUUCUUGGGAGGGGGUUGGACUAGAUGAGUUUUGAGGUCCUGUCCAAUUUUCUGCAUAGGAUCAGGCUGUCCAUUAUUCUGUUUUUUAUAUCAGGCUGUGAUUUCUGUGGCUUAUGUAGCCAAAUUGUCACCUCCCACAUGCAAAAGGGUCGUAUCAGUCCGUUGGGAGAACCUUAAGAUUUGGAGAAGUAAAAAAAAACCACCAAACCCUUUAUAGCACCUAAUCACACUCAGUGGCCACAGAAUGCUGACUAACUGGGGGAACAGAAUGGAGCAGCAUGGGGAAGGACUUAACUAAUGGAAGAGUGAACAAGAGCAGUCCAUGCUGCAACAUUUCGUUGCAGGUUCUACUCAUUUCCUUCUAUUAUCACUGUCUCAAAUGCACAGAAUUCUAUUUGGCUAAAGAACCUGGUUGACAGGAGAAUCUAGCCUUGUUCCACGGUAGAAAACCCAACCAGUCCACAAGCCAAUAAUUAAUUAUCUUCAUUAUUGCUGCAUGCAAACAGGGUAACGGAACAGAGAGGUAAAACACCAUUUUGCAAGCUUUUGAUAUUGAAGGCUGUCUGAAGAAAAUGUUGGUUAGCAGGCUUAAGGUUUAACUAGUGCAACUAUUUGGGAUAGGGCUGCAGCUCAGGGGCAGAGCAAUCCGACUUGCAUGGUCAGUCCCUGACAUCUCCAAGCAAGGCUGGGGAUGUCUCCUGCUUGAAACUCUGGAGAUCAGCUACCAGGCAGUGUUAAGACAGUCCUGACCAGGAUGGGCCAUUGGGUCUGACUCAGCAUAAGGCAGCUUCUCGUAAUCCUAACCAACCCAUGUAAAGUGUUCUUGACUGGUGGGAGGGUAAUUCUCACAAGCAGGGAAUGUCAGAGGGAAAUGAGGGGCAGAUGCCAUGUACUGCAGGGUAUUUAAUAGGGAGAGCUUCUGCUUUCCAGGCAGUCUCCCGUUCCCUAGGUAUGCCCUGCAUUCAUUGUUCCUAGAGGGAUGACCUUGCAUCUGGCUGCAGCAACAUGUUUCUUGGAACAAGCCCAGCAUAGCAAGCAAUUCAGAGAGCUGGAAGCGCCCGGUCCUUCCCAUUAAUUACCACUCUAGCCAUUUUGUUUCUUGGGCAUGCUUUAUUGGCAGGGAUUUUAAGACCUUUCUCCAGAUUGCUGAUUAAAAAAGCAUAUUGAAGACCGCUGGGCCUGCAGGCGAUCCCUCUGGGAUCUUAAUGCAGACAUCUCUGGUUUUGGUGCACUUAAUCAUUGGAUUGUGCACUUUAUCGAUAUGGCGUGGUGCUACUUUCUUAAUUGGAAUGUCCUAAGGAAGCAAGUCCAAGUCCCUUGAAGCUGUUUUUUUGUAAUGACUCGGUUACCCUUAUGAACCAGUGCUUGUAAAUAAUAAAAAGAGCGAUCCCAGAAGAUGCUGGGCAGCAACACUGACCGUGUGGGCUGGGAAGUGGAAGAAGGGAGGGAGGAAGUGCUUGGAGGUGAGUUGGCUUCUCCAGUUGUCCCAGGAGGGCACAGUAGAACAAGGCAGAAGUGGCAUCUGCAGGGAACUCCCAAGUAACUCCCUUUCCACCCCCUGCUAGAUAUGCUACAGAAAUCAGAGCAGAAGCACAAAGGAGAAGCAGCUAGCCACCACUUCAGUCCUGGGCCCUAAGUAGGGGUAGAAUCUACUGCAAAACUAAUGAAUCUUAAGCUUCAGGGCCCCUAUUCCCAGAGGGGCCCCAGAAGUGAAUUUGGUACACAUUGCUUAAAAUUUUGGGGUCUAGUAAUCCCAAUUUGAGUUGUACAACUCAAAUUUGUUUAUUUGUUUUUGGCUGUGUAUAGUUCAACAACCCCAUAGUUUGAGAGUCAGUAGCACAGAUGUUGUAAAGGUGUAGUGAUCUAUCAUGGAACAACUCCAUUGAAGAAGGUAACACUGGUUACCCAGACAUUGUUGCUAGUUGCAAAGGGGCCCCCAUAAGAGUUCAAGCUUCCAGGCCCCCAAAAUGUAGGUCCACCACUGGUCCUAAGUGUGAGGAAUGGAUUUCUGUUUUUUAGGGUUCUAUCCUGUGUUCAUCAUAUUCUGAUAAUGGACAUGACUAACUUAGGUCUAUUAAUUCCAGUGGGUUUCCUCUGCGGAGAGCUUAGUUGGAUACAACCCUUAGUCUGCAAAGUGCUUCACUGUCUUUCCCCUACAGAAACUGGCGAGUGUUUCAGUUGAACUGGGAGACCAUGUCCUAAGAGGGAGGCUGCACUGUCAGGUCUUGCCUGCAUGCUGCAUUGGAAUUGCCUCCCAAGGGUCUCAUCUCACAGCUAUGUGGAUGCAGAGGUGGUCAUGCUUUGAAAGUGAAUACCCAAGGUUCAGUCUUUUGACGUGCAUCAAAAGCCUGUUAUCAGUUGAGUAGAUGGUGUUGGGUUAGAAGAUCCAAUGUUCUCCAUCGAUAAAGGCUGCUUUGUAUGUUCAUAAGCCCCCUGCCUGAAGGCUUUUGUGAAACACUGUUAUUCUUCACUGCCCUUGUCUCUUGUCUCAAUGUUCUGGUGGUGGUGAGGUAGGUUAUUAAUAUCCCCAUUUUAAAGUGUGAAUGGUGACACAGUCUCUCACCCAAGGCUUGGUGUGCUUUGAGAGAAAAUCCUAUGCAAAGGGACCCCCAGAUUUUGCAGUAAGAAGAGUAGAAUUCUGCAACCUGUAUAACUCACGUAGAUUAGCAGUUUCACCCCUCCCUUAAUUAUGCACAAUUUAUUCAGCUGCUCUGCCCACCAUGGGGAGUAGUAAGGAGCUAUGUAGGGCACUGAAGCCUCACACCCUGAACGCUGGGCUUUUUAUACAGUAACAACUCUGCCUUCUGAGAAUUACCCAUACAAGUUCAAGCCUAUCUUUACAACCAUAAGGUCUAGAAACAUGCUUACUUAUUUAAAAGAAAGUCGGGAGAGAAAACAGAGAUUCUUAGGAUGCUGAAUUUUGCUGUCAAUACCUCAUUCUGCAGAUUAUUAGCCAUCCAGUAAGUGCAUGGUUGAUGAGGGAUUUUUAGGUCUUUUAUGGGCAUGCUUGGAGCCCAAAUUACACUUGAUGUUAAGUGGGUAUUUGCUUCUUACUUUUGCUAAUGGGAGAUCCCCCCACCAUCAAAUGCCAUCUUUAGGGAGAUGGGAGAAGAGGUCCUCAGAACUGCAGCAGGAGCAGAAAAGAGCUAUAUUUGCCCUUCACCCUACUCUGAUCACAUUUUCUCCCUGCCCCACAAUCUGAUACCACUUCCACAUUUUUACAAACCUGUAUGUUAAAUUCAAAGGAAGAUUUAACUUCAGCUCCAGUUUAGCCAUCUGUUUCUCCUGGCCCACUCUUCCCAGGAUCAAGGAGAACUGGACAAGAGGGGCUAGAAUGCUGUGCUGGUGCUGAUGCCUGAUCCCUGCUGUUCUGAACUGUGCAUCUCCCUUAGGCAGGUUUGCCGUAGGAAAAGAAAUACUUGCUGAAAUUGGUGAAGCUCUGGAGGUGUAAAUUUGUCCUCAAGGGACAGAUGCCCACAAAGUAUCCAUUUUGGAAUGGAGGUUGUUUACAAGAGCUCAGGUCACCUCAAUUGCUGGGCAGGCAGGGUGUGAAAUCUUUGGCUGUGGCCUAACCUCUUUCUUGGCUGUCAGCAUGAUAAUGCUCUUUGCCAAGGAGGGAUUUAGCAUCUGCAGGACAAUUGCUGGAAAGCUUCCAAAGGAGUAAAACAGCCCUUGUGCCAAUUAUACUGCUGGAAGGAGGUAUUGGUAGUGGAUGGGAGCCUCCGGCAUGCUGGAGCCCUCCCUCCCCAACUGCCCAGGACUGUCUGGGAUACUUUAGGUGCUAUGCACACCUGACCCCAGCAUGUCCCCAUUGGACCCGUUAAGGGAGAUCAGAUCAUAGCAGAUUACACUGCCUAAGAGAUGACUUACUGUGACUGCUCUGACAGCGGCCUCCAGCCGUCACAUACCACACUCUCCGAUGCUGUGCACCCCUCUCCCCUGGCCGAUUAUGGGAUUCCCUGCUGGGAGGGCUGGGUGCUGUGGUGUUAGCUGCAUUUCCAGGACCUGGAAGGCUAUAUUUGCCUGCACAUAUGGGCUUGCAAGGGCAAGGCGCACAUCCUUAUUUUGAACAAAGCCCCCAGGCAUGAGCAGGGCAGCUUGCAGAGGAGGAGGAGGAGGAGGAGAUGCAGUGGCCUCAUAUGUUUAAGCAUGGAUUCUGCUAGCACAUGCUCCAGAGAGGCAGAGGAACCUCAGGAAGAAAUGCUGGAUGCAGCAGUGCUUGGAAAGGAUUGCUGGCCAGACAAAUAUGGCCAAUGAAAGCACUGCUGGAGGGAGGGGGGCAUGAUUAAUGCCACCCUUCCCUGGAAGAAGGCAAUGUGGAAAGCACAGUGUGUCAACCAAAGUCGUUUUUGCUCCCUGGUGGUUCAGCAUUUUAAAAGGUUUUAUUGCACCACUCAGGCACCUGUUUCUGCCUUCAUCCAGCUCCCCACUUGCCCAUUUUGUUGCCUGAAGCAGAUAGCUUCACCUGGUGCAUGACAGGACUGGCUCAGGGGGAGCAGAGUUAAGGGCUAGCAAGGUAAGUUGAUCCCACCUGCUGCUGCUUCAGGAUGCUCCACAAGGGGGUGGUGUGACCAGGAGCACUAAAACAAUGUUGGGUAUAUCCAUGAAAAUCAGUGGAGUUGGAGUGGGGGAAUAUAAGCUCCAUGGAGAUGUGGUGAUAUACUUUUGGGGCUCAGCUUUCUUUUAGUACAAGGCCUCAGCCUUGGCAUAUGUGAAACUUUAAUAAAGCGCGGAGUGCCUUUGAAUGUGUACAGAUUGAAUUCACUUGACUGCUUUUUUUAUUUUAUUUUUAUCUUGCCUUCUGUUAUAGAACUCAACAGUUUGCCUCCAUAAAUCUAGGUUUUGGAGCAGGCAGAGCUUUCCAGACGUGGCUCAAGCCACAAAACACCUCCUGCUACGGUUUCUGUAAAUUAUCAUAGCACGUUCUUUGCAUAUUCAGGCAAGCCUUGAGAGUUACACUUAAAAUGGCCUCCUGCAUGAGUCACUGCAGAUUCAGGUAGAUGUUGAUGUGAUAGUUGUAUUCUAAGAGCAGUUUCCCUUCACAGAGGAAGGCUCACCUACAAAUACCACUGUACCCGAUACACAAGGCCUGUCCCCAGGGUUGCCAUUGGAUGCCCCGCACAGCACUUAAUGGUGAAACCUGCCUGUGUCAAAUGGCACUGCAAGUCACAUUGUUUCAUAGGCAUGCAUCUUUGCAUAAGCUCACCCUCAUGACUGUACCGUGCAUGCAAGCUGCUAAUUCACAGCACAGCCAGAAGAUAGAUGUGGAGUCCUUAGGAUUUUGGCAAGCUCAGCCACUCACCUCACAUGUAGAUUGUAUUUUUUUAAAAAAAUAUUUUAUUAAUUUAGCAUAGUUAUUACAAAAUCAAAACAAAAUAUUACAAUUACAUAACAUAUGUACAAAGUUCUCGAUAAUGUUAUUAAUAAAAAAGAAAAAUAUAGAAGAAAGAAAAAAGGAAAGGAAGAAGGAAUAAAUCUAUAAAAAGGAAAAGAAAAUUAGAAAAAGAAAAUAGGAAGAGUUUCUUCCAAGUUUAUUCUACAUCUAUUUCAAUAGGUAAAUAAUAAUAAAAUUUCAUUGAUUGACUUCCACCGCUUACACUGCACUUCCUAUAAACAUUUUAAACAAAGUUACAGUAUAUCUGUUAUUCCGUAUUUUUUUCUCCGAUAGAAUCCCACAUAGAUGAUCAAUUCAAUAAAUUAUCUAGAUCUCUCACAAGUCUACUCUAAACACAACCAAAACCCUAUUUGAUCCUUGUCUACAUAAAUUAUAAUUUAAACAUUUCCAUUGUUUCUGUAUUAUACUUUUCAGUUUUUGUUUUAUUAAAUCAGUUAACUUUGCUAAUUCCAAAUAUUCGCAUAGUUUGUUCAAUCAUUCCUCUUUGGUUGGAAUGUGGGAAUGAAGAUUUAUUAUUGUGUAGCUUUUCUUUAUCAUCUCACAGCACAGAAACUGACGUAACUGUAGCUUUGAUUUUGAUAGCACCUCAUGAAUUGAAAACCUAGCAGAAACCUGUGAUAUCUGGACUUUCAUUUGGUCUUUGUUAAGAUCUGAUAGCUAGGAAGUUCAGGCUUAUCUAUGUAUAUGUGAUAAACCAGGUUCCAUUUUGCUCUUUUGGAUACAUGGAAUGAAAGAGGCGGCUCGCAACACUGAAGAGCUGAGCUAGUACAGUAUAGUUGUUUCUACCUGUGGAAUACCCCGCCACAAGAAGUCAGUGGAAGAUCAUCACCCCUCACAAAAGAUUUACACUGCAGAAAGUAAUAUGGUAUUCUCUUUCACAUUCUCCUCAGCAUCAAGCUGCAAUUUACAGCUGAAGGCUUAUCCCCCCCAAAAAAGCAGAAUUGCUGCUUUUCUGUUAGUGCUAUACUUAAUGCUAGCAUUGGCAAGACACUAUUCUGCCUUGAGGUGGGAUACACAAUCUUCCAGUAAUAAACUUCCAUUUUUAAAAAGGCAGAGGAAUCUUAUUGGGUUUGAUGAUGUUAUUUUUUUUAAUUUUUAAUGGGUGCAUGUGGACCCACACACUUCAUUGGUAGAGACUCUGCCUCCAAGGAAGAAUUUAAAAUCCCAUCCAGGCACUGACCAGACAAAGAACAGCUUGGUGUUUCAGCAGGUGGCUGCGUCAUGCAUCCUCAGUUGAUUCCUUAGAGUUUCAAAAAGAUGUGGGGAGAAAGGGGGAGUUGCAUCAAUCAUUCCUAGUGAUGUCACAGGCAUUAGCCAAUGAAUGCCUGUGAUAUUCGUACACCUACAUAGCACCCACAUCAUUCACAACCAUCAUUGCUGCUUGCCUACCAGUCGGGCUAUUUUCUCAGUGACAAAAUGUUGUCGUUUGUAGGUUGGAACUGGGCAAUAUACAUUCAACACAAGUGCUGCCUUGAAGAAAGACACACCUGGGUUACCUGCAACAAUUGUGUAACAUUUGUGCAUUUAUUGUGUACAGGCACACUAAAAAAAAAAGUCCAGAGGGAUAGCAAUUUCAGUCAUGAAGUCCUGGGAAUAAGCCAGAUUUCACCACUAGGGGGCCUUUUGCAUUAUGUCAGAUGAGUUUAAGGCCAAUAAAUUUGGUACACAGGGUUCCUUCUGUCAAGGGAUAAGCAGCUCCACCUUUCAGUAUUUGUUGCAGACCUCAUAAUGAGUAUGACUCUUGCCAACAACAACUGCUUUAUUCUGCCUGUCACAUUUCCCUGCUAUUGGCAUCUUGCAUGGUGAAUGAUAGGCAGCUGCCACCACCCAUGUUCUUUGAGAUAACCAGCCUCAUUUUAUUUGGAUCUUGUCUUGGUGCCUCUGAGUCAGCUGUGAUGUCAGAUCUGUGCACUUGGCAUGGACAGUUCAACUUAAAACCCAAUCUCCCCAGUUGUAGCUUCUUGCCUAGAACCUUGUAAGCGAUGCAACAUUUCGGGAGCUGAUCAUCUGCCUGCCUUGUGUUUUGUUAAUGAGGUUUAUCUUCUUUUAUUAACACUGCACCAUGUGUAUGUGGUGUCAGGGUGUGCUAGACAGCUUUUUAUAGCUCAGCAAGUUUCCCUCCAAACAGCUGCUGCCUACUGUUCUCUCACAUCGCUCUACUGUAAUUUUGCAGCCCCCUGCCUCCCUUCUUAGACACUGUCUCUUGGCUAGCUCUCAAGUUUGUUUGACUAGAGGACCAAGCCCUAGGAACAUCAGUCUAAAGGAUGGGGGACUUGUGGCCCCCCAGAUGUUUAUGACCUCCAGUUCCCAUCAGCCCCUGCCAGCAAGAUCAAAGGUCAAGUAUCAUUGGAGUGUACUUCAGUGAUGUAUGGUGUGUGGUGGCGGAGUGUCACCUGGAGGACCUAAGGAACAAAUUGCUUGUUGUAACCGUACAUGUCCAUUCAAACCCUGAGAGCUACUUGUGAUUUGGAGUGGGGAAGGCUGGAAGGGAGUGCUUAACCUGGACACCACUUGCCUUGAAAUAUUCCCAACCCUUCACUUUGGGGUUCCAGAAAUGUUUGGAAAUGGAGGUGGGCUGGGAGCUGGGAGCAGAAAAGCAAGUGCUGGGGGAAGAGUUCAAGCCACACAUUCCACACAAUGGCUACCCCUAGCCAUGAUGUCUGCAUUGCUUCCAGUCUUAGAGGCAGUAUGUCUCUGAUUGCUAGCUGCUGGUUAUCACCAGUAAAAGUCAUGUCUUGCUUGGCCACCGCAGAGCUGUUCUUAUCUUAAGUCUCAGUCAGUGGGUUCAGGAUUGCAACCUGACUUUGUGGUCAUAGGUGGUGCAGUAGUUAAGAGUGUUGGACUGAAAGAUCCAGAUUUCAAUCACUGCUAGAGCCAUGAAGCUCAUUCCGUGACUGGGACUGCCCUGCUCCUUCCUUCCUUGCAUAGAUGCAGGGUGGGAGCCCUGGUGGUCAGUAGGGCUUGCUGGUGGAGAGUGGCUGAGAGGCAAGCUGGCAGCUAGACAAGCCAUGCCAUUUUUCUGCCUUGCAGUGAGGUCUGAUAAGGAACAGCUGGGAGAGACAGAGGUGUGGACAGCGAGGGUUCAGAGUUAUUAUUGUUGUUUAUUGAAUUUGUAUACUGCCCUUCAUCCAUAGAUCUCAGGGCGGUUCCUUAUAACAGAGGAGGAAGGUAAGGGGCGUGAGGGUCCAGCCAAGCCCAGCAGGAAGAAGGUGCUGGAGAGGAACUAGAGGAGGAGCAGGCCACAGGGAGAGUGGACACCUAAUCAGUGCCCCAGCAGGGAACUGCUGGAUUGUAUUCAGUGGGGAAUCGGAAUGUGAUGGCACACCUUGCUCCUAAUAAAUACGUGAAUUAAACAAUCCAGUGGUUGUGUCUAUUUUGUGUGAAGGAAGAGAAGGACCAAGGGCAUAGACACAUGGCCUUUUGAUGUACCCUUGCACAUAGAAACCCAACAGUGAUGUUGGGCCAGUCAUUAUUUCUCAGCCUUACCUACCUCACAUGUUUACCUUUCCAAACUAUAAGGCCAUGACAAUAAGGGCAUAACUGCACAGAUACGAUUUGAUCACUUUUUCCUUUCUCUUCAUUACAUACCCCACAGAAGGCUGUGUUUCCUGCCACCAUGUUGUGAACCAGCCCAAGAGCAGGAGAGGCAGUAUAGCAUUAUUUUAAAUAUGGGCAUUGACUUCUUUCAGGUUUUUUUCUACAUUCUAUUACUCUUGGUGCCAUAACCCUUCUUCUUUGUGGCAUGGAGUCAUUUGGGUGACUGGUCUCAGUAUGGUUGGCUUAUCGAGUUCUGGGAGAUGUGGAGGUGGCUGUCUCUCCAAGAGGGCUAAAAGCACGUGUGUAGUCUCAAAGAGGUGGGGAUUAAGUUUCAGAACAAUGAUCAAGGAUCAGAGGGAUCCAAAUCAAGUGAGCUCCUCUCCUUUUGGGAGUUGUGUUCCUCUAUCCUUCAAAAAGAAAUUCAGUAUGUGGAACAUAUUGUGUCCUUUUAUGGCAAGUUGUAUCAGCCUCAUUUCCCCCUCCACAAAUAUUAAAGACCCAGGAUCUUUGCUUUUGGUCAGCUGAAGUACUAGUGGGGCCUUCCCUUGAGUGAGCACUUAGGUCAGGAGCAGGGAGCCUUUGGCCCUCUAGAUGUCACUGGACUACAACUUCCAUCAACCCCAGCCAGCAUAGCCAAUGGCCAGACAUGAUGGGAGCUAUAGUCCCAAGAUAUGGAGAGCAUUAUGUUGGCUACUCCUACAUAACACUGUAACACCACCAGGAAAAAAGAACAAUGGGGGGGGGGGAAAGGUCAGUAUGGAGUCGUAAUUCACAUCAAAUGUGUGUGAGUAAUAUGUGCACACAGCUGGCUCUUCAGGAUUUAUCUCAGGUAUUCUGACUGGGCAAACAAGCCUGCUGAGGUAAAACAUACAGGGAUGGAGAAACUGUGGCUCUCUAGAUGUUCUUGCACCCCACUGCCAUGAACCCCAGCCAGUCGCUUAUGGAUGAUGGGAGUUGAAGACCCAAAAUAUGAGGGCCGCAUUCCUGGCACAGAGCCUGAAGAUUGGUCAGAAGCAGAUGUUUCUGAGACAUAGGCACAAAGUCUGAAAUGCUGCCUGCUUCCUAAAGGGUUGAUCUCCUAAAUUUCCUCCCAUGUUCUGAAGAAGACAACUUGAAUAGGAUUGACCAUAUCCAAUAUAUGGAUGAAAGAUUAACUAUAUUUGGAAGUGUUCCUUCUCACAAUUUUUUUAUUCUGCAGGAAGAUUAUUUCUCUGAGAAGAGUCUGUGGCUGGGAUGCUGAGGAAAUGUGGGCUGGGUCUGAAGGGCAUUGGCUAAGCUUUAUUUGCUUCUCCUUAUCUUGUGUGGCUAUUUAUUGCACUGCACAUUUUCUCAGGUGACGUUGCUCUUCUCACACAUUUUUGAACUAUGCAUCCUUUCUCUUUCUCUUUUUAGGAAGCAAAACUCGGGAAGGUGUUGCAGGUGUGGCCUCAGGUAUUGGCUGCUUGUGUUCUCCUUUCCCAUGCUUUGCCUGGUCACUGAGUGGGCGGCUGUGCUAAAGCGAUCACAGGCUAACAGGACAAGCGCUGUCAUUAAAACCUCUUAUGUAACUGGGCCCAGGACAAAGCCUUCCAGCUGCUUCUCACGCGUCUGCAGAGCCAGCUGUGGGGAUUGGCUAAGAUACCUGACCCCAGCUUUCCAGAGAAGCAGGCAUACAAACCUGGAAGCCUUGGUGAACUUGAACUUGCAAAGUACUAGGGCGGGUAAAGGAAUGAGCUUACGCACAUUGGUGGAGAAGAAACUGUGAUGCCGGGUGAGGGCCCAAACAGAGGGGGGCGGGUCCUAUGGUGGAAGAAGGAUUAUUGCUUGGCCUUGUGAAACAUGUACAUAGAUAGCAGAGUAGAUAGAUACAAUUCAUACGUCUGCUACAGCAGCCUUCAGUCACCAGACCCCUGCUAGACUCCCUUCCAGAUGAUAAGAUCCUUUGCCCCUCAUUCAAGAUGUGAAAGGCCACAUACUGUUAAUCUAGAAUAAGGAGCUAACUGCAUGGCCUCAAUAUGUUGGUCGCUCUCUUCUGGCUUUCAGUUGCUGAGAAGACGAAGGAGCAGGCAUCUCAGCUGGGUGGAGCCGUCUUCUCGGGGGCUGGCAAUAUCGCAGCUGCCACAGGCCUGGUCAAGAAGGACGAUUUCCCCACUGACCUGAAGGUGAGCAUCCCACACUCUUCAGGUGACCUUGAGAAAAAGCACAUAGCCCUUGGCCAUAUAAAAGUCUCCAAUAGAAAGGCAGCUCAUCCUUGGAGCCUACUGGGACUAUCAGUAGAUACGAUGGGCAUUUGAGAUUGGUGCAAGAUUCCACUUGCCUUGCUCCAUCCCACAAAACAGAAUCUUGGAUAUGGUAUGGAGUUUUGCUGUAUGUUGCUCUUGACAGAAGAUAAGCACAAUUGGUUGAGUAGCACAAGAUGGAAAGGCAACAAACUUGUGUGACAGUGACAUGAACAUGUCCAGGAUGCCCAUCAUCCUGGCACCUCUCAGACUGAGGGUACAUAAGCAGUGUGGACAGAUACAGGCAUGCACGGGCAGAAGAACAAACGCCCUUGCAUGAGAGUAUGUGCACUGUGUGCUAUGUAACAACAUGCAAUGAAUGCCCACAUGGGCACAGUGUAAGUCUCCAGGCCAGUGACAACUGCACAUUCCAGAGGGAUGUUUGCAUACAUUUAUGUCGGCAUCUCACUUCUGUGUGCAUCGAUGUGCUUCGUGUUGUGUGCGAACAUGUACGUUUGUGCCGGCAUGUGCUUCGAAGCCUGCCUACGUGCACGUUUGAGAAUGAGUGUGUUUCUCACAGUAGGUGGGUGGGCGGGCAGCCUGCACUGAAACGGUCUGGCAGCUGCAGGGCUGGUCGAUCUGAGGAAGGGCUCUCGAAUCUUGCAGCCGAGCUGCCACAACGAGCUGAGCCGUUUGCUUCCAGCUUAGCUUAAAAUAGCAACAGCUGAAGAAGAAAUGAGGCCAGCGCAGCCAGGCAGGAGCAGGCACUCUGUUCUACUCAGCAUGGGGGAAGGGAGCUGCGCAUCGUCCCCCCUUCUCCCCACUGAACAGCUCCUGUCCCUCGAUGAGAAGCACUGUGCAGGGCCAAUCACAGCUCAGCCCUUCCUCAAAUGGAAGGUUGUAGAUCUACCAGCCACUCUUGCAACUGAACUGGGGAAAUAGAAUAAUUGAGCAUAUAUUAAGGCUUCAUCCAGACAUCUAAACAUGUGUAAUACAGGCCACCUGACCUGUCAUUUUUGGUCAGCCAGACUACAUAUCUGAAGUUAGGUUCUGGGCAUGGAACUAAAAUGGAAAUUCAAUACUUACCAGUGACAAUUUCUGUUCUUCAUAAGUGUGGGGAUUGUCCCCCCUCCAGGGUCAAGAAGGCAAUUCUCCAAUUUUAAUGUUUAGGGGAGGAAGGACCCCUCCCCUAAACCCCCAGACACUUCAAACCAAGGCAACAUUUCUAAUGACGACUCUAAAUUAGAACAAGCAAGCCCACAGAGGCAGCAACAGAUUGAAUUUGGGCCUCUGAAGGGCAGACUACAGACUUAAGUAAAAAUGAAUUUAUUGAUAAAAAUAUGCAGUAAUAACACACCAUCUUUCCUCUUACGUGUGGGGUGAACCUCCAAAUCAUUCCAUAGGGCAGGAAUGGGGAUCCUGUGGCACUCCAGAGGUUGUAGACUAUAACCCCCUCUGUGCCUGAUCAUUGGCCGUGUUAUAUAGGGCUGAUGGGAGUUGUAGUCCAAAAAACAGAUGGAGACCUUGAAGCUGUUAAAUUAUGUUAGUUUGUGUUCAUAUAUUUACUUUUUGUAUUUACUUAAGAUUAUUUCUAAUUGCUUCUAAUCUGUCAUUUGAAUCAUUAUACUUAUUGAGCACUCAAUACAUUGUGAGCCACUUUUUGUGGGACAAUUUUGUGGGAAACCAGCGUACAAAUAAACAAGGAUGCUGAAUGAGAGCAGUAGCAUCUCCUGGACCUACAGUGUCCCUUUUGUUGGAGUGUGAGGAAGUGAGAUGUAUUGUGACACCCGUGGCUGUGAUAACCUCUGCAGCUGCUAUGCAUGGCAUAUCUCCCUCUAGCCCUGUGGGGAAUGUAUUGCUUGAGGCUCUGUUCUUUGCUCUGGGAAUAUUACAGCAUGCUUGGGCGAGGCCGUGGCCAAAGGUGGCAUUAAUCCAAAGAAAUUUCAAAGUGAGGAUGGAUAUUAUCUCCCUUCACUGCAGUGGGGUAGGGGAGUGUUUUGACUCUUGAUGCCCUCUGGUCUUCCUUGGAGAAGACGACACUGAUUGCUGAGUGCUCUCCCACCCUGUCCCAUUGGGGCAACACUUGUGGGGGUUUCCCCGCCAAGGCAUCCCUGUGCAGAUCUGCCAUGACUAUAUUUCAUGUAGCGAGGAGCUGUAUGGCAUUUUGUUUGAAAGCCUAGGAGGGAAGUGAGCAUAGACAGCGGUACUGAGUCUCUUCCUCUUAUUUGGCACUCUAUGGAAGUGGUCCAGAUUUCAAACUCCCACUGACGUUAGUCAUGCAGGAAAGAGGCAAAGUGUGCUGUAAGGGGACAAAUUAUCCCUGCCAAUGCAGCCAAGCUACGAAUCAGAACAAGACAAGCUAUGAGAGGUCUCUCUGUUCCACUUUCCCAAUGCUUGACUUGCCAUAAUGGGUGGCGACUGCUGCUUGGCUCUCAUAAAAAGCUGGAGUCUGCCUGUGCUGAAGACAGGAAGUCACCUGGGGGUUGAAAAAGAGAGGACCUUCCUCCUCCCCAAAUGAAAAGUGGAGAUGGCCUUCCCAGCCCCAGAGGGACCUAUUCCUGUACUGCCUGUCCUCCUACAGUAGAGAGAUUCUAAUCCCCAAAGUUCGAGGAGAAAGGAGCCUAUAAGAAUGGGACUACUUUAAUACAGAGCAUGAAGGCAGUUAUUCCUCCAAGGUGGUGAGUCUUGAAGGCAGCUGGCCAAACCUGCAAGAACAAGACCUGAGAAUCCAGAGAGGUAUUCCAAGAAAGCUCCUGAGUACUUAAUUGUUAGGGGAAAAAACAUCUUGGGGAGCGAUGUCUGUAAACCUUCCUGGGACUUUGCAGAAAAUAAUGCCUGCCUCCCUGCAGCUGUAAAAACACUUGCAACAGAGUCGGAAUGAGUGUCAGCAAAGCUAAAGGGUAGGUAGCAACAACUGGCAGCCCUUGGGCUAAACCCUGUCCUCAUCUGCACUCUCCCUCCAGGUGCCUAUGUGACCAUAGGACUAGUUAUUAGGGCCAUUUCACUGCAGAGCUGGACUCCGGCCCUUGACUCCUCUUCAACUAAUAUACUAAUUAUAUUGGUAUUCAACUGGUUAAGUAGGGUUGUUAGGGGCCGCUGGGCUUGCUUACUUCUCCUUUCCAUAGUCUCAGGAAUGCUCAGUGCUACAAAGUACUUGCUCUUUUUUGUUAAUAAAAGCUUUCUAAAAUAUUACUGUAAAAGGUGCUCACAUCUUACAGUACACCUCCCACAGCAUCUGCAGCAUGCUGAUUUUGACUCUGCUGGACUUUCAGAAGAGACACAUGGGAAGGACACUGUCAGUGCUUAAUAAGAUGUUAUUCUUUCCACAGCCUGAGGAGGUUGGUCAGGAAGCUGUGGAGGAGCCACUGAUAGAGCCACUGUUGGAACCUGAGGGUGAGAACUACGAAGAACCCCCGCAGGUGAGUGGAAAAAUAAAGGCAACCUGAUGAACAAAUGGGGCAGGGGGAAUGCUGGGAAAUAAAGUAUCUUGGCCUCCCACCAGCCCCCUCUGAAACAGACCCGCACACGUCCUAACAACUGAUGCAGGAUGGGUGUGGUCUGCAUUAAGAGGUCACAAGCAAGCAGGUGGUGAGGAAAGGGGAAAUACUAUAGUAUACACACAACAUUUUGCAUGCAAAAAGUCCCAGAUUCAAUCCUGGCAUCUCUAGGUAGGGUGGGGAGAGACUCCUGCCUGCAACCCUGGAGAGACCUGAAAGCCAAUGUAGACAAUAUUGAGCUUUGAUGGACUACUGGUCUUGUGUACUGGGAGGCUUCAUUGGGAAUUUGAGGAAGCAAACUGGUUGUAUAGUCAUGCAGGAGAGAAGAGUAGCUGCAUUCACAGGAGCUCUUAGUGAUCUAAUCUGUGCAGAUAAAUGUAACUGAACAGAAUGGGGGAAAGGCUGUAUGUUUGAGCUGGUUAGGGCCCAGCUUGGGGACAGCUAUCAUGUAUGGUAGUUAAUGCAACUGGCACAGCCAACCUAACAGGAGCUUAGCAAGGGCAAUCUAGGAAUAAGCCCAGGGCCUGUAUCUCAGGUAAGCUUAUCCAUGUGGGGUCUACCUGGUCACCUCCAGUGCUGGGUUGUUCUGACUCACAUCCUUGUUUCACUUCAUGACAUUUAUUCUUUUCAGGAGGAAUAUCAGGAAUACGAGCCGGAAGCAUAA